AUGAAGGGCGCCCACAGAGCCGCAUCGCAACUAUGGGCAUCGACCAGGCGCAAACUAUUCCCGCGUGGUGAUGAUGACGAAUCUCACUUUUUGAAACUCGAUCCUCACUGUCAUACCUAUCAGGAAUCCGUGGACUCGACCCUUUUCGGCGACCAGCAGGAUGGCUUCUAUAAGUAUUCUCAGGAUUUGCUUCAGACAAGCAGGGAGGAAAACUACAGAAGACUGGCAGAAGAGAUGGGAUUGCGCUCGUCAGGCAGUACUGCGGUAUCCUACGCAUCAGCUCAAAUGGUUCCAAUCGAACGUCCCGCCCUUCCCUACGCAAUUGGCUCUCCUGACUGGAGUCUGGUCAAUGGCUUGGUCAGAUACAUGGAUCCAUCUGGUAAUGAGGAUCUUACAGACUGGAUCAAAAGUGUGAUGAAGGUCUACAAGAAGGUCUACGCCAUUGCCAAAUUUGUCGUCGUAGUGUUCUACUUCUACAACGUUGACUUGGACGAUAAUGAAGGCCUGUUAGCACUUAUCCGGAAGGCAGAGGAGCUCGCGACGUCCAACAGUAUCAAAGAUCUGGUCAGAGCUGUGGAGACUCUGUAUUACUCCUUGUACGCCAAGCUGAUCAUGGAAAUCGCGAACGCCGAGCUAUGCUCUUACUUUCACCUUGGGAUCCCCCGCGUCACGACCAAGGAUGAUUUUAUGCUUCCCGAGCAGCAUAGCACAAUGAAGAUGUUGCUGGUCUGUAAGGAAUCCCUAGACAGUCCAUCCGUGUGCCUGAUUUUCAGCAAGGACAUCUUGCGCCAACACCAAGCUGGGCUUGUCCGUCGAGCGGUGAAUACGCUGAGGGCGACUGGGUUCUCGCUUGAUGACCUCGUCGGAUACCGUCGGUCCACCCUGGCCUUGCUGGCAAAUCCAGAAUCGGAGUUCCGCCAGAAAUGGGACGGCCCGGGCCUCACAUAUCAGAUGCCCCCUAGAGAAGUUCUCAUUGUUGGGUCAGAGAAGUAUCUGUCAUUCGCCCCUAGGGACGCAAUUCGCACCAAGGUCCCGCAACUACGCCUGCGUUUCGUGGAAGAAAAAUCGGUAGACUCAGCGGCGUGGGAACGUGAGACUAUCCUCGGGCACCGUCAGGCAGUACUAGCCAUACUGGAAAGCAGAGUUAUCGGUGAAAUUCGACGUACGGAUGAGCGACGUGGUCUGAUCGAUUAUGCUCGCGAGAGAAGAUGUACCUGUAGAUCACCCUGCAGCUGUGCGAUGGCCUGUACCAUGAACCCCGAGCGUGUUUGUCCUUGUGCCGGAUGGAACUUGACCGUCAUGACAUUAGAGAAUCGCCGGAACUUUCCACACUUGAAGCUCGGUUCGCGGUGUAACAUCCUCUCCAGGAGCAUCUUCGAGGCAGUAUCGACCAUCCGGGACGAUAAAGACCUCUGCUAUCUCGCAGUUGAGAUGAAAGUCAAGUCAAGUGAAGUGGGAAAUUCGGAAAUUCUGGAACCGCCCCGAUCCUGCCCUGCGGUGUCUCCUUUCAGACAGACUGUCCGAGAGAAAACUGCGGGCAUGGUGCCCAAGUCGCUUGCUAGCUCGAUUGUGUGCUCCUCAUCCUCCUACUCUUCCUCCUCUUCCAUCAUCAUCCCCUCAUCUCCCUCGUCAGCCUUUAGACGCAGCCCACUGUGGAGCGCGCACUCCAGGGUCUCCCCAACAUCCGCAGUGCCGGUGCGGCGAUAUCGAGCCGUUUGGCCAUCCUACGGCAUCACCACGCCGGUUCCAGAUCUUAACCCACAUUUCCCCAUCUCGCAAUCUCCGUAUUGCUUCCAGACGGGCUAUGCCCUUUGCGCCAAACGCGCGCCGCGGCCGUUCCCCCCACCGUUCCUCUCUCCCCCGUCAUCUUCCUUUUCCGACCCCCUGACCACCCACUACCUCAGUCAGGAUAAGAGAUUAUCCGUUCGGGGUGAUCUAGUCCGGGGCUUGAACAAUGGGGACGAUGCCGUUCUAGUCGCCGACAAUUAUCUGGCUGUUAAUGAUGGGGUAGGAGCGUGGGCAACCAAGCCCCAGGGCCAUGCAGCUCUCUGGGCCAGACUGCUCCUUCACUUCUGGGCGCUGGAGGUUGAGCGCGUUUCCAACGCGAGUACGCAACUCGACCCCAUCGGCUACCUGCAACGGGCCUACGAGGAAACCAUCCAAGCGACCAGCUCCCCGGGUCAAUGGCUGGGCACGACCACUUCAGUCACCGCCCUAUUGCAUUGCACGCGCGAUCAUGCAGGGAACACGAACCCGCUGCUGUAUGUGACCUGUCUCGGCGACUGCAAGAUCUAUGUCAUCCGGCCCCGCGAUAAAACGAUGCUCUUCCGCACCCAGGAGCAAUGGCACUGGUUUGACUGUCCGAUGCAGUUGGGCACGAACAGCGUCGACACGCCGAAGAAGGACGCGGUGCUCAGCAAGAUCGACGUGCAGGAGGGCGACAUCGUGCUCGCGGUCUCGGAUGGCGUCGUGGACAAUCUCUGGGAGCAUGAGAUCCUGACGGUCGUUCUUGAGAGCCUCGACAAGUGGCACCAAGGGCGCUAUGACAACAAGGAAAUCGAGUGGGCGCCGCCGGAGGUGCUGGCCCACGAGCAGAUGGUCUAUGUCGCUAGGGAACUGCUGCGGGCUACGUUGGAGAUUGCGCAGGAUCCCUUCGCGGAGAGUCCAUAUAUGGAGAAGGCAAUCGACGAGGGUCUGGCCAUUCAAGGUGGUAAGGCCAAACGCUCCAAGAAGUACCGGAAGCUGAUGCACCAGUAUGAGCUCACAUUCGGAUUCCGUGAGCCGUACCAAGUUCUGGUGGAUUCAAAUUUCCUGCGCGCAGUGCACAGUUUCAAGAUGGAGUUGAUCCCGGCGCUGGAGCGCACCGUGCAAGGGAAGGUGAAGCCGCUCCUCACGAAAUGCUCCCUCGCCGCUAUCAUGGCCAACCAACCCCUCCACCCCCGCACCAACAACCCGAUGCGUCCCCAUUUCCUGCCCCCGCCGACGGAAGUGCCCCUCCGGCACUGCUCGCACAACGAGGACUCGACCCCGAUCGACGAGGUCGAGUGUCUCCUGUCGCUGCUGUCGCCGACCACGGAGGUGAAGAAGAACAAGGAGCACUACAUUCUCGCGACGGCGGACGCGCCGGCCGCGGCGGAGAAGGAGAAGGAGCGGGCGGCGAUCGCGGCGGGCAAGAAGCGCAAGCGCGGCACGGACCGCGAGGCCGAGACCGCGAUCCAGAAGUCCCGGGAGCUGCGCCAGGGCGCGCGCGCCAUCCCCGGCGUGCCGAUCGUGUAUGUCAAGCGCUCGGUCAUGGUGCUGGAGCCCAUGAGCGGCCCCUCGGAGGAUAUCCGCGACGGCGUCGAGCAAGGGAAGUUCCGGGCGGGGUUGAGUGAGGAGGCGCGGAAGAAGGCCGAGGCUAAGGCGGCGGCGGCGGCCUCGGGAGAUACCAAGAACAGCAGUAGCAGCAGCAAGAAGCCGGGGAUGAAGAAAGCCAAGGGGCCCAAUCCGUUGAGUAUGAAGAAGCCGAAGAAACGGACUACCGAGGGUGGUGCGGCGGCGGCGGCGGCGGCGCCUCGGCCCAAGCGGAAGGAUGCUGACGCUGAUGGGGCCGAGGGGGAGGUUGCGGCGGAGGAAGGAGUCGAUGGUGAUGCUGCUGCGCCCAAGGCGAAGCGCAGACGUCGUCAUCACAACAAGGGUGCUAAGCAGGAGGAUGGCAAUGAAGCUGGCGAGUCCGUUGCUGCGGCUCCGGCUGCGGGCGAUGCCAUGGAGGAAUAA